UCAGUAGUUGCUGGCAUGGCGCUCCCCGACUCCUGUGCGACGAACAAAAUCUUGGUAGUGUGAUCCAAUCACGAGGCCUCCUGCUACCAAGAUUCUACCAAGAAUUAGUAGAGACGGCCAAUCACGACGCGCCCUGCUACCAAGAUUUGCCUGAGCUACAGGGUCGUUGGCCAACCACAAAGAGCCCACCUCCAGCUACAAUGGACGAAUCACAGUGGAGGAGUGCCGGUCAGAGACUCAGGUAAACAGUUGUUUAUUACAGUAUCAUUGUGGGGGAUCGUUCUCAGACAGUGGAGAGGGACAUCAAACUUUUCGUUUCGCCAUCGCCAUUUUGAUUUUUUAUAAACUCAGAGCUAGCUUGUGGUAAGUUUCGUACUUGUCCCGUUGUGAAAAGUUUUAAAUUACAACUGUAUUAGCUUUCUUACCACCCGGGAAAACGUAACGUUAUUUUAUUUAAUCUUUUUUUCUUUCUUUCUUUCUUCUCCUUAGUCAUCGUGCUUAGUAUAGCAUCUUGCCAACGGACUACAGUUUAAAAUGAACCUGCUGGCUAACACUGGCACAUUUACAGAAUUUUUUAUUAAUGUGCACGGUCCUUAAAUAAAUAAAUGAAAUGAAAUAAAAUAAAAUAAAUCGCUAUACUUAUACCGAGUUUAAGUAUAACCUUAUUACUCGUUUUGUUCAUGAAUGAAUGAAUGAAUGAACUCAUUUUUGUCAUUAUUCAUUGUUUGUAGAAUAUUGAACAUUAGUAAAAGUACUUUUCACAGUCGAUGCAACUGAAAAGUGUGUGUGUGUGUGUGUGUGUGUGUUUGUGUGUGUGUGGGUGUGUGUGGGUGUGUGUGUGUGUGUGUGUGUGUGUGUGUGUGUGUGUGUGUGUGCGCGUGCGUGUGUGUGUGCGUGCACAUGUGUAUGGUUGUGAAAGAGUCAAAGAUGACAGAGUUUUAGAGACCUGAUUUGAGAUUUAUCUCUGUAAAUGCUUGCCUAAAAUCAUAGCAUCCUUUUUUUAAUGUGUUUAUUUCCAUGAUUAUGGAAUUAAAAUGUUUCAUUGAUCUGAUUUUAAUAUUGUCUUUCUUUUUCUCAAGUAUGGUGGAAAAAUGGACCCUAAAUUUAGGAAGAGAGUGGAUGGCAGCACUAACUUGGUUGACUCACAAGCUGCAAUGGAAGUCAAGAAGGAGAGGAGGCCAUGGUUUAGAGCUUCAUCCCCAGAAAAGGUGAUGGAGUCUGCAGAGAAGUCUGUCCUCCGUGUUGGUGGAGACAAAAGCAACCCCAUCCAUGUUCUCAGCCAGUGUGAACUACAGUUUGGGAUUUUCCGUGGACAGACAUUCAAGUGGGUUGCCGAAAAUGCCCUGGGCUAUGCAGGUUAUCUGGUUGCAUCCAUGUCAAGGGAAGACUUUGAGAAGAAGGAUUCCAGAAAUCAUUCCGAAAACAAAAAGGCUUUCCGGAAAUACAUUGAACAUUUUCCUGAAGGUCGCUUUGCCAUUCGAGUUAAAUCAGCCAGCCUUACAGAAUCUUCUGGUACUGCUAGCUUGCUAACAAGUGAUCAGCCAGCAUCCACAUCUUCCACCUCCAGCGCUGCAUCUACCAGGACUCUGUCCUCCCACCCUGCAUCUCUCAGUACACCAUCCACCAGCACCUCAGCCAGCAGCACAGUGUCACAAGGCACAUCUUCUGGGAGCGGCCUUUCAAGAGCUCAGAGCUCAUCCUUGCUUUCACUGUUGAACAGGAAAACAUGUACACCACGGACCUUGCAGACCACAGUGAAGAAUCUGAUUUCUCCCAAAAAGAUUCCUACUAUUGUUCCAGAUGUGACCUGUGCUGUGUCAAGUGAUGUGCCCGACGGUGAGAUGGUUGCUGCAGCAGAACAGAUGGAGUCAGAAAUGACACAGAGGAAAGUCUGUCUUCCUGCCAAAUGGAUUCCAGCGCUGCCUGUGGAAGAUCAGCAGUGGAUUUCAAAAGCACUCUUCAAGUGGUCCAGGAAUGGACAACCAGAGCUCAACCUCCUGAAGCUGGAUAAACUGUGGUGGCACCCUCCUGACCCACCACUUGUUCCCCACGGCCUGCCAGCAACAGAGAGGUACUUUGGCCACUCCCUGUUUCUUUGGAUGCCCAGAAAACUUUGGCGGGUGAGACUGGUUUGUCCACAUCCUGAUUGUGGCAAAGAAGAGCUGACCUCUGCAGGACUGCAUCAAAGAGUUCGGCAAGUUGUCAGCAUGACCACAUCAUAUUUUAUUGCUGCAGAGUACCUGGCAUGCAAGGGCUGCAAACGGAAAGUCAUCAGCUGGAGCAAAGACAUUGUGUCUCAGCUAGAUGUAGGACAUCAGAUCCAGUUUCCCUGUCUUCUCACAUCCAAACUUGGAUGUGACAUGGGAGUGGUCCGCCAGAUGAGACAGAGGGGCCUUGGAAACAGCAGCAGCCAACUUCAAAAACAGCUGGAGGAGCAGCAUGCAGAGACAUGGCUUCAGAAGUCCAUUCUUUUCAUGUCUCACCAGAGAGGCUUUGCCAGAGCUGCAUCCACAGGUUUGGUUGAGCCUCUGAAUUUCGGAGAACUGCCAACGCUGUUGACUGUUCCAAAACACCGCUGGCUGAUGCAAGUCUACGCGCAGGAUGUGCUGAGCAGGUUAGACGAAAUCAAGGCUUCCAUCACGUCAACCUUUGGGCGUGUCCUGAAAAUAGACUCCACUAAAAAAAUUGUCAGGAAGCUGGCAGGACACAGCCGUGGAACGGCAGCAUGGGCCACAAACAUGGGGAACGAGCACGGCCAGAUCAUCAUGUCUGUACUCACAGUGAGCGAAGGUCAUGGGUUAGGCAAAAUGGUUGAGGGAGUCAUUAAGCGCUACCACGAUGCAGGAGUGUCGCCUCCAGAAGUGCUGUAUGUCGACCGGGACUGCUGUGGGUCUUCUCAUCUCCACAAAAUGAUCAGGGCGUGGCAAAACACCAGCAUUUGCUUGGACAUUUGGCACUUCAUGAGGAGGAUUGCAGUGGGCUGCACCACCGACUCUCAUCCACUUUAUGCCGGCUUCAUGAACAAACUGAGCCACUGCAUUUUCAUGUGGGAUGACCGUGACCUGCAAGCUCUAAAGGAAGCCAAGCGAGCUGAACUGGAGGCCAAGUUGUUGCACCCCACAGAUGCUGAUCUGCUGCGAAACAUCAGCAGAGCUGAGAUGGCACGUCACUGCAAAAGGACAACCAGAAGCAGCUCAGAGAUGGAGACCUUGAUAUCUGGAUCUGAUUGA